CUAUCUCUCUCGCACACAGCACACACAAACAGUGGAGGGAAAAAAUGGCAGCUGGCGAUUAGGGAUAGAAAAAAAGUGCUCAUUUUUCCUCGCUUUUUCCCAGGAAAGGCGUCACCAGACAAAAAGCUCAAGAGCAGCAGCAAAAGAACCAGCAACAGACGUUUAGGUGUUGCAAGACGCAAAAAAUGGGAAAAACACCAGUAAAAGAACAACGGGAUGGCAAAAAAGAGAAACCAACAGCGGGGACGACACAAGAAGUAACCAAAGAGUCUUUCACCUGGGAAGAAUAUCUGAAAGAAACGUCGUCAUUACCAGCGCCGCCGAGUUGUUUUCGACAGGCUCGCGUCCCGCCGUCCAACGACUUCAAGGUGGGGAUGAAACUGGAAGCCCACGACCCGCGUAACGCCACCUCUGUGUGCAUCGCCACAGUCAUGGGCCUGACGGGGGCGCGUCUGCGCCUCCGCCUGGACGGUAGCGACAACAGCAACGACUUUUGGAGGCUGGUGGACUCCUCCGACGUACAGCCCAUCGGCACUUGCGAGAAGAACGGAGACAUGCUGCAGCCGCCGCUGGGAUUUCGCAUGAAUGCCUCGUCGUGGCCGAUGUUCCUGCUGAGAACCUUGAACGGGGCUGAGAUGGCUCCAGCGUCAGCCUUCAAGAAGGAACCGCAGCGGCCCCCACACAACGCCUUCAAAGUAGGCAUGAAACUAGAGGCAGUGGACAAGAAGAACCCGCACCUCAUCUGCCCGGCUACCAUCGGCGAGGUGAAGGGCGAUGAGGUCUUCGUCACCUUUGACGGCUGGAGAGGGGCCUUCGACUAUUGGUGCAAGUAUGAUUCGCGGGACAUCUUCGCCGUAGGCUGGUGUUCGCUGACCAAGCACAGUCUGCAGCCGCCUGGGAACAGCGUCGCCCUGACAAAGAACCCGCCCACACUGACGUCCUCGCCUUCUAAGCCCAGCAGGCGCUCCUUGCAGAUCCCUUACAGACUCCCCAACCCGCUGCCACAACUGCCUGUCAGGAAGGGGGUGCGCGGUCGACGGCCCAAGAGCGAGACCCUCGCCCUCCUUAAGGCCGUGGCCGAAGCUGCCGCCGCCCGAAACAACACCGCACAGUGCGCGCCUCAGCCACAUAGGAAGAGAGGGCCCAAACCUGGAAGCAAGCGAAAAGCCAAGAUUCUUCAAAGUUCCUCACAUCCCCGCGCAACCGCCAUCCAGAUUCAACGCGGCAGCCCCGCCAGCAUGCCCUCGGUGGUCUCAACAGCGUGCGUGUACAUCAACAAACACGCAGACUGCGGCCCGCACCUGGACCGCAAGCAAAUGCAGCACCUGCCGGACCACUUCGGUCCAGCACCCGUCAACUCUGUGCUCCAGCAGGUGGUCCAGUCCUGUCUGGACUGCGCGUACCAGCCCAAGGUUCUGCUCGGCGCUCUUCAGACGCAUUCGGGGGGCGGCAAGGCGGUCAGAGUAAGAAUGGACGGCGGCGUUCGCAUGGUCAAGCUGCCGUCAGCGUCCAGCGCCGCCUUUGUGCUGCGCUUCUUGGAAACAGUGUGCCGCCACCUGCAAUGCGACAACCUGUUCAGCGGCCAGCCGUUCAACCACUGUGCCGCUUCCUACGACAGGGCCAAGUCGGUGAAAGAAGAGGCUCUUGACUCACCCUUGCUGUCCCGGAACGGCAAGCGAAGCCUGGCUGGGGUUUCCCCGCCGUACGCUGCGCCGCUGUCGCCCAAACACGUACGCACUGACGCCCACCCUUCAGAAGCCGAGACGCUGCCGCAUGAAGACAACGUCCGAAUGAAGGAGCAGCUCUACAUGGGCUCGGCUUCCAAUUCCGCGACUCCCAGGCCACUGAUGGUGCGCAGUCGCUCCGAGUAUUGCUCGUCGCCGUCAGGUGCCGCCCAUAUGCCCCGCCGCCUAUCCUCCAAUCCCGCCGAGAUGGCUUCGGCACAGCUGCUCCGUCGAGUCGAAGCCAGCUCCACCACCGGUCCAGAAAGCGGCGCCAUGGAGAGGGAGGCUCGGCAAACAUUCGCUAAAAACCCAGCAUCCUGGUCCAUCGACGAGGUCAUGCAGUUCGUAAGGGACGCCGACCCAGCGACGUUGGCGCCACAUGCGGAAUUGUUCCGUAAACACGAGAUCGACGGCAAGGCGCUGAUGUUGCUGCGCAGCGACAUGAUCAUGAAGUACAUGGGUCUGAAAUUAGGCCCCGCCCUAAAGCUGUGCCACCACAUCGAGAGGCUGAAACAAGGCAAAGUGUGACCCGCAAGCAGGUCAUGUGACUGACAGAGGUUUCUUCUCCGUAAAAUAGUGAGGAAUGUCGAUUUUAAAACCUCAUUGGCCGCCAUUGACGGAGCUACACAACCAAUGGCAACCAAUGAGGUAACAAGGGAUGGGCAUCAUUAUCAAAUGACUUUUGAGAAAUUCUUCACCAUUUUACAUCAUGCCUUGGCCCGUUACAGUAUUCAAAUUAUAUUUAAGAAAAAUGUAAAUAAUUGUUUGUGAAAAAUUACUAAAAAAUAGUUUUGGAGUACGAGACAGUCUAGAAUUGACCUUUUGCAAAAGCUCCGCCCCCCUCUAGUUACGAUUGCUAAUCCGACAAGCUCCAUCACUCUAAAGGCACAACAAUUGCGGACAGACGUAAAUACUAAAGUGAUUUAAGUGAUUUAUUUUGGUGCCAAACAAGUGCAACAUCCUCCACAUUGCUGUCAAGCCCGCUCCUUCCCCAAAAGCCGUGUUCAAGCUAGGCGCUAACGCUAAUGCACAGCUGCACAGCUGCACCGCUACUGUAGCACUCUGUCUCUCUCGCUCUUGCUGCAUGAAUUCCAAUUUCGGGGACUUGACAGUUCGGACCGCAGCCACAUUCUGGAAAAAUGUGGCCCGGAUGGGAUUUUAACCACAUACGAAAGUGACCUGUUCAGCUGAGUCGGAAAAACAAGAAAAAAUCAGAUUUGUGCUAGAUUUACAACUGAAAUGGUCCUACAGAUGUUGGAUGAUGGAGAGGCAGUGACUGGGUUGGACUCAAGUGUCCGAAAUUUCUGAUGAUGAGGACCCAGACUAUUGUCCAGGUGGCAGUGGCAGUUGUCCACCUGGAAAUCCAACUGAACAGGAUCAAUCUGACUCAUAAGAUUCCACUUACAGUGCUGCUCGAAAGUUUGUGAACCCCACAGCGAUGGUCAGAUUUUUUGUAAAAAAAAACUAAAAUAACCUUAUUAAAUGUUAAGUUAUACCCAAAUCCACAAUACUGACAUUCCAAAUAAUGGACUGAAACAAAAGAAAUAGUUAUAUUGUCAUUCUUUAUUUAACAAAAGUGGUUGAUUUAAGAAAAACUCAGAUAUCAUGUGUGCAAAAGUAUGUGAACCCCUUCAGUUAAUAGGAUAUUGCGCCUCCUUUUGCAGAGAUUACCUCAACCAAACGGUUUCUGUAGUGACUAAUCAGCCUCUCACAUCUACUUUGGGGGAUUUUUGCCCAUUCUUCCUUGCAGAACGCAGUCAGUUGAGAGAGGUUUGAUGGGCGUCUGGCAUGAACUGCUCGCUUCAGGUCCCGCCACAGCAUUUAGAUUGGAUUUAGGUCAGGACUUUGACUGGGCCAGUCCAGAACACGAAUCUUCUUCUUUUUCAGCCAUUCCUUGGUUGUAUUGCUGGAAUGCUUUGGAUCAUUAUCAUGUUGCUUGAUCCACCUUCUGCCAAGCUUUAACUUCAAAACAGAUGGCGUCAGGUUAUGUUCUAGGAUUUGACAAUAUUCCUCAGAAUUCAUGAUUCCCUGGACUAUGUGGAGUUGUCCAGGUCCUGAGGAUGAAAAGCAAGCCCAGAUCUUGACAUUCCCACCUCCAUGCUUCACUGUUGGGAGAAGGUUCUUUUGGUGGUAUGCAGUGUUGACUUUUCGCCAGACAUGGCGGUUUUGGUUGUGACCAAACAGUUCAAUUUUGCACCUACAUCAGUUGAUGAAAACUCUUUUUAAUUUAGUCUCGACAACACAACUGUUAAAAAAACAAAAAAAACUACUGAAUUGAUUGAUUAGGAAAUCAGGUUGAAAUAAUAGAAAAUUCCAAAAUGUUGAGGGGGUUCACAAACUUUUGAGCAGCACUGUAUGUGUCCUCUGAAGAAAAAAGUGUCCAAAUCAUGGCCAACAGAAUGAGUUGGUAGAGCUCUUACUUGAGAGAAUUACCUCCCACCCAGGGCAGAAAACAGCCACAAUAUCCUCAGAAAUCGGUCAGAGCCUCCACAAGGGCUUAGCACAGCUGUCUCACCAAAAAGAUGCAUGGGAGCUCUUCAUCAUUGAUGAUAAAAUACAAGGAAGGAUAAAGUCUAUUGCUGUUCUCUUUUUUCCCCUUUUUUUCCCAAAAAUGUUAAUUGAAUCAUAAAGAUAUUUCAAGCAUGAACUCUUUCUUGUGUGGCCCUAAAUAUCAUGCUAUUUAAUAUACAAGUGAUUAUUCUUCACCAAAAGGGCAUAAAAACACAUUGGUUCUAAUAUGGGUUAUUUUUUACCCACUUAUGGAAGAGUGUAGGGUCCAGUAACUUGUGCAUCUAAGGGUUAAAAAUCCCAAAAUACAGUGAGGAAAGCUGGAGUUUAUAGUCCAGUGUGGCUUAUCUAUGAACAAAUUUCGUGUCAAAUUUGGUGGGUGGCGGCUUAUAGUAAGGCGCGCCUUAAAUAGUCCCAAAAUUACGGUAAAUCAAAUAAUGCAAUAGGCAUCCGAAAGCUUGACAGCGCUUGCUCUUUAAACACAGUGUGUUUGACAUAUGAUUGGUUAAUAGCCGUUUAGGAGGCGGAGUUUGCGAAAGGUGAAUUGGCUUGAUUCAAAUCUCUUAACACGUUGUGCAAUUUCGAAUUGAAAUUAUUGGUCAUAAAAAUUAAAAGGUGAUUUUAACGCCCUUCCCCAAUUUUAAAAUUCAACCGAUGGUCACAGAAUAUUUCCGAUAGAUUUACAGAUGACUUUAUAUUUUUUUAGCGCACUUUUUUUUUUCUUCUGGGUACCGUCGAAUGUACAUUUUGUAAAGGAUCCUAUUUUUUUAGGUCAUAUGUUAAAAUACGAAGCAGUGUUGUUCCGGACGACUUCUCUCAGGUUUGUUUGGCUAAUUUGUUUUUAAACUGCUCUGUAGUCACAUAUAUUUUGUUUUGAAAUUACUUUCAAGUAUUUGAUUAAAAAGAAGAAAAAAACACUUUUAUUUCCCGUUUCUGUGCGCAGGUUUAAUGAAUUGUCAUCUUUUAGGAUCAAUGACCUUCAUGUGAAAGAUUGUUGCUCAAAGAAUGGAAUUUCACAGAACAAUAGUUUAAACACAGAAAAUGAGGUAUUUUUAAAAUUUGAUUUACGUUAAAAAUAUUACGAGAAUGAAGUCAUACAUUGUCAUAUUACAAGAGAAAUGUCAUCAUAUUACGGGAUUAAAGUCGUAUUAUUAUCAGAAUGAAGUCGUACAUUGUAAUAUUACAUAGGCUUGCUACUAGCACACAUGCUAGCGAGCUUCGGCUACACAACGCCCGCUAAGCCAUGGCUCGACUCUCUUCUCCACCCGGUUGUGCCAACUGUGUUGCCCCGGCCGAUAAAAUCCUGGAGCUCUAGGGUAGAAUCUCCACGCUCUACCAGAUCCAGGAGGCCGAGAAGCUGCUCGACACCAUCAUCUUCACUGCACUGCAACCAGUUCCACCACAUCCAUAUGUUCCAUCGAGCCUGCUUCCUCCACUCUUGCAGCUGAUCUCCCUCCACCUGCUGGGUCUGCUGAUGCUCCUCUGCCACCGUCGUCUGUGUGGCCUCCUCCUCCAUCCAUCUCCGACGUCUCCUGAGCUCGGCUGCGGGCCAAACCCAAGGCUUCGUCUUGCUCCACUAGAUCUCAGGAGCACUGGCCCGGAAAUUGAAGAGCCCACCGCAGACCCCACUCUCCUAUAAAUUUGAAAUCCAGGAUCUCAGUGAGUCCUCUCCCCCAUCCCAAAUAAAGUGUAUCACAAACGUGAGUACACCCCUCGCAUUUCUGCAGAUAUUUAAGUAUAUCUUUUCAUGGGACAACACUGACAAAAUGACACUUUGACACAAUGAAAAGUAGUCUGUGUGCAGCUUAUAUAAUAGAGUUAAUUUAUUUUCCCCUCAAAAUAACUCAAAAUAUAGCCAUUAAUAUCUAAACCCCUGGCAACAAACGUGAGUACACCCCUUAGAUUCAACUCCGGUCCUUGAGGGCCCCUAUCCAGCUUGUUUUCCUUGUCUCCCUCCUUUAAAACACCUGAAUCAAAUGAUCAGCUCAUAAGUAAGCUCUGCAGUAGCCUGAUAGCGA